CUGAACUCGAACCAUCCAGACGUGUGUUUCCAAUAGGUUAUGGGCCCAGACCCAACGCAGUAAAACAAAAUGGCUACUAGUUCUGCAAAUAAUUUACCGUCGAUUGAAAGGCUUGUUGGUCGCGAAAAUUGGCCAACGUGGAAGUUUGCUGUAGAAACUUUCCUUGAGCUGGAGGACCUGUGGCAGGCGGUAAAACUGGAAGAUGAGACGAAAGUGGACAAGCAGAAGUGCCGGAAAGCGAGAGCAAAAAUUAUUUUACUGUUGGACCCGAUCAAUUACGUCCAUGUUAAAGAUGCGGAAACUGCGCGGGACGUGUGGAAGAAGCUGGAAGCAGCGUUCGAGGAUACGGGACUAACGCGUCGUGUAGGACUUCUAAGGAAAUUCGUCAACACAACGUUAGCAUCGUGUGCGUCUAUGGAAAGUUUCGUGAACGACAUAGUGGGUACAGCACACCAGUUGCGUGGUAUUGGUUUCGACAUCAGUGAAGAGUGGAUCGGCACGUUACUUCUCGCCGGGUUACCUGAUGAGUACAAGCCGAUGAUCAUGGCGCUAGAAAAUUCUGGAACGGCGAUAACUUGCGAUAUCAUAAAAGCUAAGUAGCUGCAGGAAUACAAAUCGAGUGCGUCAUCUGAAAAGGCGGUCUUUCUUGGAACGACGAAGCAUCAAUGGCAGCCGAGAAAUCAACAAGGUGCACCAUCGAAGCAGA